AUGAAUCACUUUAAAAACUCAGAGAACAAAAGCAAAUUUAACCAAGUAAACUGUGAUGUUUUGUCAAAAAGAAAAGAAUCAUAACGUCCUGAGCAACCAAGAAAUGCGACGGGUUUUCCAUAUAAAAUAAAAGGAAUAUAUUGUUGAUAUUCAAGAGUUCUUUCUUAAUGAAAAUUUGAUUCCUUCCUUCAGUUUUUCAGUGAAGAAAUAUUUGAAUAAGAUUGAAGCUUCUAUUUUCAGGGUUUAAGGUUCGUAUAUCUCUUAAGAAAACUAUGUCUAUUUUCUUUCUUUCAGAUCUUUCUUGAUUGUAUUCCUUCAAGUAAAGGGGAUAACGAUGGAAUAUUGUCGACUCCUCAUCGCUUUUUAUUGUGUUUUGGUAGCUCAAAAACCUGCAGUGACGCGUAUGUAAAAAAAUUUUGAAUAAAGGACGUGUGCUCUUUAUCUGUGUUAUCGUGAGACCAAAACUGUGCCUUUAAUAUAUCGUGAUUUUCUUUGUAAUUGAUCCUCGAGUUAUUUUUCCCUAACGAGAGGCAAAUCAUCGAAACUAAGUGCAAACGUUUCCCUCUUUAUUCUUUUUUCAGGUACGUUGCCAAACCCGCCCUCUCCCACCCUCUUUCUCAGAAAUACCAGAACCUCAGUUAUGGCAGAUUAUUUAUUAGAAAAUCUGAUUGAAACAAAAAAUUUCGAUAAACGCCCUUACUUUGGUUUUGGUUGUCAUCUUCAUCAAAAAGAAAAAGUAAUUACAAUUUCGAUCAAACUAUCUUCGAGCUUUGAAAACAGUUUCUUUUUUAUUCCGUCUGUCCUUCUGCCCUUUGCUUCGGGAAAACCCAUUCGAAAUUUAUGCGAAUUUAUCUUGCAUAGGAUUCAUUUUCAGUCCUUUAAUCAUCUUUUUAAAAUUUUUUACAGUUGAUAGCCAGUGCGAGAAUGGGCCUGACAUAGCUUUAAUUUUGGAUGUAAGUGGAAUUGUGAACGACAUUGACUUGUGGAUAGUACGAUACUUUGUCAAAGCGGUCACUGGCCAGAUCUUUAAUUUAUGUCCAAAACUUAAUACUGCGAUAGUGUCAUUCGGCGAAGAAGCCACUGUAGUAAAAAACUUUUCCAAAAUAUUCAGUUUACCUGAAUUUUCCAAAGCAUUGGAUCUUCUUACGCCUUUACAAGGCGACAGAACAAUGACAUACAAAGGUUUAAGAGUGACUUCAGAGAGAGUGUUUCCAUUUUCUCGGAAGAACGUUUCGAAAAUUGCAAUUUUGAUUACUCAUGGGGAGAAUACGCCACCUUAUACUCCAGAUGAAGCCGCGCGGGAAUUAAUAGAAACAGGUGUUCGCCUUUUUGGUGUCGACGUGGCUUUUUAUGCACGGCGCCAUGGGGAGCUUCAACGAAUUACAGAGAGAAGAGGAGACGUGAUUUAUUUGGAAAUGUUCCAUUACAUUUUUGACUAUGUUGAUACCAUGGUGAGCAAGAUUAUCGCGGCUGUUGGUAAGACUAUUGGUGUAAAUUAA